AUGGAAUCGAGGGUCCCAGAAGAGGGCUCGCUGCAGGCGGAACCUCCUGCUGCUCCUGCUGCUGCUGCAGCUGCUGCUGCUGAUUUGACGUUGCAAGAUGCAGCAGCAGCAGAAGAAGCAGCAGCAGCAGAAGCAGCUGAAGUGACGAAAGGGGAGACUGCUGCAGCGGCCCCAGCAGCCUCAGGAAGCCCCGAAGCAGCAGCAGCAGAAGCAGGCGACGCAGCAGCAGCAGAAGCAGGGGACGCAGCAGCUGCAGCAGCAGCAGACACUGCAGCAGCAGCAGCAGCAGCAGACAUGGCCGAAGGCGAGGAAGCUGCCAGUCCUUCCGAGUCGCCAUCCGACGCAGCGUCCGCAGCAGCAGCAGAAACACCACAAGCAGCAGCAGCAGCAGCAGCAGCAGCAGCAGCAGCAGCAGCAGCAGGAAGCGAGGCAACAGAAAACCUCUUUGGCUCCGCCGACGAAGCCAGCAGCAGCGAAGGGUCUCUAGCGAGCGACGGAGACUUAUUUGGGGAAGAGGCGUCUCCCGUUGCUGCUGCUGCUGCAGCAGGAGACUCGGAUGCAGAGGAUGGAGCAGCAGCAGCAGCAGCAGCAGCAGAAGAGACCGAGACCCGCAGCGCGGAGGAGACCCCCAAAGAAGCAGCAGAACGGCUGCCCCCGCUGCUGCUGCAGCUAGGAGACACCUGGGCCCCGCAGCAGCAGCAAACUGCUGUUUGGACUUGGAGAGUCCCCCCGGCUUUGUCUCUCAUUUACGCAGCAGACCAGCAGCAGCAGCAGCAGCAGCAGCAGCAGCAGCAGCAGGUUGCGAUCAGGUUCUUCAACGAUGAAGCUGCAGCAGCAGACGACAAACCCGCAUCUAAGAGCAACUGCCGGCUGGUGCAGUUUAGCGACGACUCGUAUUGUCUCUUUGUGGACGACAAAGGCUUUGAAUGCAAUAUCAAGAAUGAUGUCUCCUACAUCUUUGAGUCCAAAGGAGCGCGGGGCCCUCUCUGCAGUGUAAUGGCUUCGGAUAAGAGACUGCAAAUGCUGCUGCCAGCGGGCUUUGGUCCGGGGUCUUUUUUGGCGAAGUCGAAAAGCUCUUUGCGAGAAGCAGCAAAAAGCCGAACUGCUUUGACAGCAACAGAACUUGUGCAAAUGGAGGAGACAGCGGAGCAGCAGCUUUACCUGGCCCGCCAAGAAGCAGCAAAAAGCCGAAGAGCUGUUGCAGAUUCCCAGCGGGGACUCACGAGGGGCUUUUUGGAGGCAGAGGACUCCGAGCUCGAGGACGAUCAGG